AUGAGCUACGUCGUCCGACCCUGGGCUCUGAGGGACCUCAAGGAUGUCAUGCGGCUGAUUCGGGAAGCGGCGACAUUUCACAAGGCUUUGGAUCAGGUCAAAACUACCCCCGAAGCGCUGAGGGAAGACGGCUUCGGGACGGACCCCAAGUUUGGCUGCCUGGUAGCCGAAGUUCCCCCUGACCAGAGGAGCAAAGACGGGCACACCAUCGUCGGGUACCAGUUCCAUUACUUCAGAUACUGCACCUGGGCAGGGCGGAUCAUUUUUGGGGAGGAUCUGUACGUCAUGCCGGAGUUUAGAGGCAAAGGAAUUGGCACCAGUUUACUGAGCCAAGUGGCCAAGCUCAUGCUUGACCACGGCGGCAAACAGUUCAGAUUCAUGUCGGCCAACUGGAACCAUCCGGCCACGGCGCUGUACAAGAAAUUGGGGGCUGUGGAUGUGACGGCGAGCGACAACUGGGUCAUCUGGCACAUCGAGGGGCAGGCCGUGCAGGAGAUGGCACAGCGGGCGACACAAUAA